GAAACACUGCUGACUUUACGAUAUUUAAUUCGGCAGUAUCUUAAGAAUGUAUAAUACCAAACAUCUCAUUGCCGUUCUAUGUUUGGUGUUGCAUGUUCCUGUUUGCCAAGGGCUUUUUGAUGGUUUCAUUGGUGGUUGCAAAUGGCGGGCCAUUAUCACAGGCGACUUGUUGCAGAGACACAACAACAUAAUCGAUCCUUUGGCCUGCGAAACACUGUGUAAGGAACACAGUGAUUGUGUUGCGUAUACCUACAUGGGAAAUCUUCUGAGGAACCCUGGUGCGUGUUUUCUCCGAGGGACAGGGCACAGUCCACUUAAAGGAGCCGGUAAGGAACUUAUCGUCAAAAGUGGGGCCAUUACUGGAAUACCGAACUGUCAAAAUACAGAUUCUUGCAUUAACAACGAGGUUGUCUUCACAAAAGGAUUAAUGGAAAAGUUAGAAAUGAUCCCAAAUUUGGAGGAAUGCAAACGAGCCUGCCUUAUUAUUGAAGCCUGUGCUCUGUUCACUUUCUUUCCAGAUAAAAUGUUGUGCUUCCUGAGAGACGAAACCGCAACCGUUCUACACAAAACGAAAUCGGUGAAAGUUGUUUCGGGAAUUCUUAACUGUGAUCGUACAAGUAAUGGAGUCAACCAAUUGGGGAACAAUUUUAAAUCACAAAACAACCUUGACCGUAAUGAACAAUUCCUAAAGGACGAAGAUGCAGAGAUAAGCAUGUAUCACUCCAAUCAAGACGGUGUUGGGAGAUUCAUGAAAUCGAAAAAUGAAUUGGAGGAAAACGGGAAAUUUAAAAAAGUAGUGUUAGAUGAUGUAGAGGGGUGUUCAGUUAAUAUCGGAAAAGAUAAGGCAAGCACCACUGAGCUACCCAUCCCAGUCGGUUCAGAUACUGUCAUCUAUUGCAAGUCGGAGAUUCGUAAAAAUGUCCACAUCAUUUGUGAGAAGACACGACAAAUCAAGAAGAAUGAACUUCCUGAGUGCAACAGAAACUUCGUCGUCAACUCAGGGCACUGUAAAGUAUCUCCUCCAACAGGAGUUAUAACGUACCCCAACUCUACAGAGUAUACUCAUAUCCCUGUAGGAAGUGCUCUAGUUGCUCUAUGUGCGGGUACCGAGAAUACAGAGCAACCUUACAUCCUGCCGUGUCUUGCUGAAAAUCCUAUUACUUGGAAAGAUUAUCCUGUAUGCUGACAAGAAACUGUUGCAGUUCCGUUGAAUACGCUCCGCUAUUUCAUUGAUAACUACAGUCUGCAGCACAAUCUCGCACUCAGUGGUAUUGGUCAUGAUACGAUGAGGGAAAGUCUGGACAUGAAACAAUUGCACUGCCACACGUGAAAUGUUCAUCUAAUGAGGGCGGUAGUAAACUGACCACAGCUAUACUUAAUAAACCAUAUUAUUUCCAAUUUGUUAGUAUUACUUAUAAACUUUGAACUAAUUUUCGAUUUUUCAUGUCCUGAGCAAGUCUUGAGAUUUUUCUGAUAAAACUAAAGGAAAUAUUUAACGUUUCAAUGUCACAACAUCAUAUAAUUUAUGUUCUAAAAUUAUUUGUUAAAUGGUAGUGUCGAAAUUAUUAUUAUUAAAACUUUUAAUGAUGAUGAGAUAAUGAGAUUAUCCUAUUGUUACUUACGUAUUGUGAUUAGCUUGCAUUCUACCUGAGUACCAUACGUUGCAAUUUAGUCGCUAUGUUACAUCUGUUUCAUCUCAUAAUUACACAAAUACUCGGUUACACGGUUAACCCGGAUUGUUCUGUGGUUUUUAUACACUUAGCGAGAUACAUUAGAUGUACAUUACUUCUUGAAGAAUUUUUAUGGCAAGUGUUAGUAAUUAGAAAUCAGAAUGCAAUGAAGCGAAAAAGCUAGUACUUGGAAACCUGCUCAAUAAUGCCCCCAGCAAGAAUGUGCUAAGCUCGUGUAGUUUCUCUGUUACCUACAAGUUCAAUUUGGAUAAUAAAGACUCUCAAUAGUGGCGAUCAAUCAACACCUGACCCAGAUUAUCCUAUAUAUAUCUAACAUGGCAUCACGUUUAUAAUUCUUAGCUCUUUACUAAUUUUCUCCAGUCCCAUUUUCCUCAUGUACUCAGCUCCGUGUCAUUGGAUUGUUCAAAUUUUGUCUCCUUUCUCAUUAUGUCUCCUUUCUCAUAGUCCUCUCCUAGCAAGGAUUAUUAAGUCUUUAUGUAGCCCGAUUAUACCUGUAGUAUUAACAGUAAACUCUACUGCUCUUGCAGCCCCCCCCCCCCCUGAUAUCAACUAGGGGGGACUACUGUAUAAGAAUUGGACAUUAGCGAUAGUUUUAAAUUUCAGAGAUAUACUUUAUUGUCUUGGUAUGUUGUUAAUUGUUAAUUGUCUGGGUAGGUAGUUAAAUCUCAGUGCGCCUUUUGUCUGGCAGCCCUUUCCACAAUGAAAUCCUUCAUGUUAGGAGAUUUUCACUAUAUCUCCUUACCAUCAACACCCAUUUCUUUGUUUUUCAUUUCUCUAGUUUAUCAGUUUAUAUCAAUUAUUUUAUUGCAGUACCACUUGCACUACCAUCUACCGUUGGAAAACUAGCACCACAUUGCUAUUAUCAGCUCUUUAGUUAGGUGUGUUUUAUUGUAGACUCCUUAGUUCGUAAUUUAGUGCAUUGAUAAACUUUAUUUAAAACUUCGAUGUAGAUGAUUUGAUUUAUCACUUUGACUUUAGAAUAACUUUGAAACAAGUAAUAAACACAUAUAAAUUUAAUAAUAAUAAAUAGUAAGUAUAAAGGCUCAAUGAAAACUUUGCCAAA